AUGAUUGGUACAACACAGACUACAGAAUCCUUGAAUCAAGAUAAUAUCAAUGUUAUUGUUAAACAAGAGGGUUUCAAAUUGGGCGAAUUAGAAAUUCAGAUGGACAGAAUUGUCAAGGUGUUUAUUAAAAGUAUGGCCCUAGUAACCGAGAACCAAAUAUCAAAUCACCCGCAAGACUGCCAAUGUGCACUUGAAGGGUUAGAAUAUGCCGUAGCCCCCAAACCAGACCAUGCAAUCAAUUACGAAGACGUAAUUCGUAUGAUUUUUGGUGUCACAAAUACUUGCCAUGAAGCUCAUAUUCGGGAUCAGACCCAGGCUCGCUAUUUGUACUACACCCUAUGUGAAAAGGCUGAUCAACUUUCCACUGCCAUCCUGGAAAAGUAUGAUGCCAAACUGGGGGAUUUUAAUUCAUGUGUUGUAGAGAAAGAUCUCGUCGGAGCUCUUAUCAGCGAAGCUGAUAGAUUGAAUUUAGCUAAACUUGUAGACCUCUCCGAGAAAAACUGGGCCAUCGAAUUCAUGGCGUUAGAAAGCUGGGAGAAAAAAUGUGAUCUCUACGAUAACAUCUUAUCAAUCAUGUCUACUCAACUUGAACAAUCCAACACAACCAAAAGCGUUCGCCCUUUCCAUGUAUUUAUCAAACAGCUCUUUGAAGAUCAAAAGGAACAAACAAGACGCAUGAAAGAAACAAUCUUUGGAUAUAGCUUCUCUUCAAGUCUUCCUACCCCUCCUGACUCACCUCCCCCAAAUAAGGGAUGUUCUUCUUGGAGAGCAAGUCGUGCCUAUCUUCGCCCUGAUUACAACAUGAUUUUUGAACAAUAA